UGGACAAUGGAAAAACUCCACGGAAAGAUUAGAAAGACACCUGAGACUAAUACCCACUAAGGUCAUGAGCCACACCCCCGGGUUACCACUGAGUUGGAGAAGCAAACUGGUUUAUCAAUGCAGCUCUAAACAACAACAUCGUGUGUGAAAACCCAGGGGCGCUUUGGGAUUGACCAAGAGGAAACACAUGUUGCACAAUGAUAGGAUCUUGUUGGUACAGUUGUCAGAGAAGGGAACUCCCACGGCAAAGGGCAUAAAACCAUCCAGGGCAGUCUGGGGCGGCUCAGUUUUGCGGUGCCAGGGAGCCGACCAGAGCCCAGCCCUGGCCCAGACCCAGAUGGGACCAUGAACUCCAGGCACAGCUUCUGCCAGACCCCCUCAGGCUCCCGCCAUGGCCCAGGAGGUGGCUGGGGCAGGCCAGAGAGCUUCCCCCGGGCUCCUAGCGUCCAUGGUGGUGCGGGAGGUGUCCGCAUCUCCCUUUCCUUCUCCUCACCAAGAUGCCCGCCCCCUCGAGGGUGCUGGGAGUCUGGAAGAGGUGGUUCCCUCCUCGGUGGAAAUGGGAAGGAAAUGAUGCAGAACCUCAACAGCCGCCUGGCCUCCUACCUGGACAAGGUACGCGCCCUGGAGGAGGCCAACACGAAACUCGAAAGUUGCAUCUUCAAGUGGCAUCAGCAGAGAGAUCCGGGCAGUAAGCAAGAUUACUCCCAAUAUGAGGAAAACAUCAGCCACCUGCAGGAGCAGAUAGCAGAUGGCAAGAUGAUGAACGCUCAGAUCAUCCUGCUCAUUGACAACGCCAGGAUGGCGGUGGAUGACUUCAGCCUUAAGUAUGAAAAUGAACACUCCUUCAAGAAAGACUUGGAAACUGAAGUUGAGGGUCUCCGGAAGACCCUGGAUGACCUGACCAUCGUCACAACAGACUUGGAACAGGAAGUGGAGGGGAUGAGGAAAGAGCUCAUCCUUAUGAAGAAGCGUCAUGAGCAGGAAAUGGAGGAACAUCGUGUGCCAAAUGACUUCAAGGUCAAUGUGAAGGUGGAUACAACCCCGGGAGAAGAUCUGAUUAAGGUCCUGGAGGAUAUGAGGCAGGAAUACGAGCUUAUAAUAAAGAAGAAGCAUCAAGACUUGGACACUUGGUAUAAAGAGCAGUCGGCAGCCAUGGCCCAGGAGGUGGCCAAUCCGACAGCCGUGCAGAGCAGCCAAAGUGACAUCCACGAGCUGAAGCGCACUUUCCAGGCCCUGGAGAUUGACCUGCAGGCGCAGUGCAACAGGAAAUCUUCUUUGGAAAGCAUGUUAUCGGAGACCCAGUCUCAGUACUCCCGCCAACUCCAGGACAUGCAACGGAUCAUCUCCCACCACGAGGAGGAGCUGAUGCAGCUACGCCACGACCUGGAGUGCCAGAGCAACGGAUACAAGGUCCUCCUGGGCAUCAAAACCCACCUAGAGAAAGAAAUCGCCACCUACCGCCAGCUUCUGGAGGGAGAAAAUGAGGGGACAAUGGACUCUAAGGACUCUAAGUUGAGUGCGAAAGCAUCUGCAGCUCCAAAGAUCAAGGCCAUCACCCAGGAGAGCGUCAAUGGAAGAAUAAUUCUUUCUCAAGUGAAUGAGAUCUAAAAGUAUGCGUGAGGUCUAUAAAAGUUGCCUGCUGCAAAAACGAUUCCCCCCCAAUGGAACGCCCUUGCCCACACACAAACGGGUGAAUUCUAAGAGGUGUCCAUGGAGUUAUGAACCUCAGAAGCUUUUUUCUCUCUGUUACAUUCUCACCAGAUGUUCCAUAACGAUCUUAUGCGCUUUUUCAAAGUGUGAGCUCAUGAGCUUAACGCUCCACAUUCGCACUACAGUCAUCAGGCUCCCAUCGUUGUGCAUCUGUUUCAUGGCCAAUAAAACUCCACACCAACGGCA